AUGAGUUCUUCCCACCAUUUUAAUGGCUCAAACCGAGGUCGGAUGGGAAACAGUAGCAGAGGUCGAGGCAGCCGUGGCCGAGGCGGUUUCAAUGAUCGAAGCCGAAACCGCGAUUCAACUCUAAAGCCCGUUCCAAGCAUCCAACAAGUUAUUGUCGGCUCGUCAGUGUCCAUGGUUUUGAAAGUUGACCAAGUAACAGGCCGGGAGGUCCAAGGUGUUGUUGCAGAACUCCUGACGCGAGGGAACCAUCCAAGAGGCAUCAAAGUACGUUUGCAAGAUGGGAGGGUAGGACGGGUACAAAAAAUGAUCAGUGAGGACCAGGUGAAACGAACCUCGGCGGAAUUGAGUGGGCUGGACUGGAACGAGCGCAGCAGUGACGCACAUGGUGGUGACCAAUCAACGAUGGCAACAAGUACGACAACUUCGACAAGGGAGACUUUCUCACGCCGAAAGUAUGGGGAUUUCCGCACUGAUGAGCCAGAUGAGCCCCCGAGUGGAAAUUUGUCUCUUGCGGAUUAUGUCGUUGUCAAGGGGAAAGGCAAGGGUCAGCGGAGCAAAACUGGAGCAAAUCAAAAUCAGGUCACGGACAGCCAGAAUCAAGACGAAGAGUCCGGAGACCGCGCUGAUUUCAAGUCGACCAUUAGUACCUGUCCGGUCUGUGGAGAAUUUGAGGGUGAUGAGGUCGCUGUUGCUCACCACGUAAACGGGCAUUUUGACUGA